AUGUGGGGCGGCGGUGCGCAGUGCGUGCACGCGUCUUUGCCGCGCGGCGCGCGAUCGCAGCCUGCGCCCACGCUUAGCGGCGCCAUCGCCAGCCGCCGCCCGCCCAGGCCGACUCCCCCGUCACCAACUUUAGUAGCUCAAAUUGACUCGUCGGUAGCCUGCCUGUGGCUGUUAACUCCUUUAUCGGCUGGGACAGCCGUGGUAGCAGUUCUUGUAGCAGUCUCAACGAACAAUUGGCUGCACACGCAAGAGAAUAUGCUGAAUCCGUCUUUCAACGGGACCGGUAAACACAGCUUAGUCGCUAAACAAACUAUAUCUGGAUUGUGGAGGAUAUGUCAUACAGAUCCUGGCAGUACAGUAUUCCGGUGUGUCGAUAUACCGUAUUUUCCGCUGUCACAGUAUACACCAGACCCGAGUGAUUCUACUAAUGCUAUACCAUAUGUGGUGACUAGGUCGGCUGCUCCGCUUUUACUAGCAGUAUUCACUCAGGCGGUCGGGGCGUUAUGCUGUGUUCUAGGCCAUUGUGUCAAAGGAAGACGUCUCUGCACAUUCAUCGCUGGCGUUCUUUUUAUAAUUUCUGGUUUAAUAAUGCUGACCGGGAUUGUCAUGUACAUAUCUGUAUUCAAAUCACAAUUAGGCCACAAGUUACGUUAUAUGACUGUAUUCGACACACCAAGAAUGUCUUACAGUUACGGUUACUCCUUUGGACUGUAUAUCAGUGGCUUUUUGGCUGUUGAGUUAGCAGGCACUUCGGCAAUAUUUCUAUUUCUACAGUGGUACCAAAAAGACUGGAUAACAGAGCUCACAGAGAAAGCUAAAGCCGACUGUCGGGCUUGGGAUCGUGAGUAUGCCUUCUCCGAGUUUAGAGAACGCGAUUCUACACUGUUAGAAAGGCGAAUGAUGAAAAGAGACACGUAUCCACCCUCAGGAUCGUCAGCUGCUACGCCACGAGAGCGGCGGCGCUUUGUAUUUGACGGUGACGAAUUGCCUCACUGUUCUAUACACAAUAAAAACAGAAGAAUUAAUUUAAGUUCAGCGUCAUUAAAAGAUUUGUCAACGUCUACGUUGUAUGGAUUUCCUGCAGGGCCUCGCCCUACAGCUUGCGAUAAUUACUUCGAAGAGUUCAAGGAGGUUCCUCAAAGCGCAAAUACAUUGAGUGGUCUAAGAAGUGCAUCGAUAUUCCAAUCUCAGGCCUCUGUUGCGAGCGGGCGCUUUCUGGAUACUUCUGCUGUCGAACCACCGCCAUCACGUGAGGAGGAGAUGGUUACAUUUGGUGCGGGAGCUCGGGGCGGUGAGGAACCACCUCCGCCACGUCACGAUCGCGCUGUUGGUACCGAUCCUUACCGUAGAACGACACCAGUUUGA